AUGGACCAAAGAAACCAUCAAAAGAUGACACAUUUAAAAUUAAACAUGAGCAAGGAAAGAAAGGUUAAAGUAAUUUUUUAUAUCAAAGUGUGCAGUGGCCCUUCGCAGCCUCCUCAGCCUAUUGUCAUUCCAAAGCCUGUUCAAUCUGUCAUCCAUGUACCUUUGCAACCAAGCUGUCCAGGCCGAGGCAAAAUGGCAAAGCUCCUGAAUCCAGAAGAAAUGACAUCCAGGGAUUAUUAUUUUGACUCUUACGCUCACUUUGGAAUCCAUGAGGAAAUGUUAAAGGAUGAGGUGCGUACACUAACAUAUCGAAAUUCCAUGUAUCACAAUAAGCAUGUUUUUAAGGAUAAGAUUGUAUUGGAUGUUGGAAGUGGCACAGGGAUCCUCUCCAUGUUUGCUGCCAAGGCAGGAGCCAAGAAGGUAUAUGGGAUUGAAUGCUCCAGUAUAUCUGACUACUCAGAAAAAAUUAUCAAGGCGAACCACUUGGACAACAUAAUCACAAUAUUUAAGGGUAAAGUGGAAGAAGUUGAAUUGCCUGUGGAUAAAGUAGACAUCAUCAUCAGCGAGUGGAUGGGUUACUGUCUUUUCUAUGAGUCAAUGUUAAACACGGUCAUCUUUGCCCGGGACAAGUGGCUGAAACCUGGAGGGCUUAUGUUUCCAGACCGGGCUGCUUUGUACGUGGUAGCAAUUGAAGACAGACAGUAUAAGGACUUCAAAAUUCACUGGGACUGCUUGUUCAAGAAAAGAAACUCAGCAAGACAAAAGGCACUUACUGGUACAAUCAUCAGAAGAGUUGUAAUACCCAGGAUGCUCAACUCAGUUUGCAAGCCUUUGAGAAGGAGAACAUUUUGCCUGGAAGUGGAAUCUAGAGGGUGGGAGAAUGUGUACGGCUUUGACAUGACCUGUAUUAGAGACGUGGCCAUGAAGGAGCCCUUGGUCGACAUAGUAGAUCCAAAGCAAGUGGUGACCAACUCCUGCUUGAUUAAGGAAGUGGAUAUUUAUACUGUGAAGACUGAAGAACUGGCAUUCACAUCUGCAUUUUGCCUCCAAAUUCAGCGCAAUGAUUACAUUCAUGCCUUGGUCACCUAUUUUAAUAUUGAAUUUACGAAGUGCCACAAGAAAAUGGGAUUUUCUACAGCCCCUGAUGCUCCCUACACCCACUGGAAGCAAACUGUCUUCUAUUUAGAGGACUACCUAACGGUGAGGAGAGGUGAAGAAAUCUAUGGAACUAUAUCCAUGAAACCAAAUGCAAAAAAUGUGCGUGACCUGGAUUUCACAGUAGACUUGGAUUUCAAAGGACAGCUGUGUGAAACGUCAGUAUCUAAUGACUACAAAAUGCGCUAGCACGAGAGCUUCUGGAAAUAC